AUGGCUACAUCCACUAUCACUCUCACCAGCUCCGACGGUGUUGAGAUCAAUGUCGAGCGCGAUGUUGCAGAGCGUUCCAUCCUCAUCAAGAACAUGCUCGAAGACUUGGGCGAGUCGGACGAAGCUAUCCCCAUUCCCAACGUCAACGAGGCAGUUCUGCGCAAGGUGAUCGAAUGGUGCACCCACCACAAGAGCGACCCUCCCAGCACCGGUGACGAUGACGACUCCCGCCGCAAGACCACCGACAUCGACGAGUGGGAUCAGAAAUUCAUGCAGGUUGACCAGGAGAUGCUUUUCGAGAUCAUCUUGGCCGCCAACUACCUCGAUAUCAAGGCAUUGCUGGACGUGGGCUGCAAGACCGUCGCCAACAUGAUCAAGGGCAAGUCGCCCGAGGAGAUCCGCAAGACCUUCAACAUCCAGAACGACUUCACUCCCGAGGAGGAAGACCAGAUCCGUCGUGAGAACGAGUGGGCUGAAGACCGCUAA